AUGUCUUUCGCCAAUAUUUAUACACAUCGCAAGGUUGCUGACACAGCCGCGAAAGGGUGCGAUGAUUUCUUCUUCGUGUGUCCGAGCCAUCUAAAGGAUAAAAACUUUUGCGCCCCUAUUAUCGACACGGCAGCCGUUGAGGCCAAGAAGAAGAAAGAGAUGGACGACGAGCUCGAGCGCGUGAAAAAAGAAUACGAAGAGAGACAGCGCAAGAAAAAGGAGAGAGAAGAUAAAGAGAAGUCGGAGGACAGCGAUAAGGACAAGGACAAGAGCAAGGACAAGAGCAAACAGUCCGAGGAUAAGAAAUCAACCGACAAGAUGGAUGAUAGCAAGUCCGACGUCACAGUUGAAGUGCCAGAAGAGGAGCCUAGGGUUUUCUCCCUACAGAAGAACUUCUUUGCCCUGCGCAUCGAAAAGAAACGGCAGAUCGAACUCGCAAAACGGAACAGAGAGCGCAUCGCUCAACCAAACUUCUUCCCUUCCGUACCCAAGGGAGCUCCUAAUGGCGGUUGA